AUGAGAAUUCAUCCAUUAUCAGCUUCACCUGCUACCAACGCCUUCUUCCAAACUGGUACAAAUUUAACAGAUGAUGUUACAACAAUAUUUGUAGUUGGAUUUCCUGACGAUAUGACUGAAAGAGAAUUUCAAAAUAUGUUUACUUUUUGUCCUGGUUUUGAAGCUGCUUCUCUCAAAUGGCAUUGUAAAGAUCAAGAAGACGAUAACUCGGUUGGAUCUAAUGGUGGAAAAAAACAAAUGAUUGGAUUUGCAAGAUUUCGUACUCGAUUAGAAGCAAUGGAAGCUGUUGAGGUUCUUGGUGGAAAAAAAAUCGAUCAAGAAAAAGGAACUGUUCUCAAAGCUGAAAUGGCCAAGAAAAAUCUACAUGUCAAACGAGGAUCUGUUGCACCGACAACAAAUACUUUUCUUCCUUCAACUCCAACAACUCAACAAACUCUUCUUUCUAAAAAGCUCGGACGUCAACAUGGAACAACGUCAAGUGGAUCUUAUGAUGCAUUCUCUCCAUUACCAAGUGAUCUUUUAUCGCCUGCGGAUUACAAAACCGAUCCUUUUAUGAAUGAUCCCUUUACUUGCUCAACACCUACCACACCUAUCUUCUCUGACGCUUUAUUUGGUAAUCUUCGAUCCAAUUCUUUUGAUGGUCGCCAACCUGAUAUUGGUUUGAUGUCACCUCCUCGUCAUUUUGGAAAUGGCAUUGGUAUUGGAAAUGCAUCAUCAACAAAUACCAAUAGCAACGGUAUACUUGGAUUCAAUCAAGGGCAAACCAAUAACUUGACCGAUUUAAGAUCACCAAGUAUUUCAUCUAUUCACCGACCUUCGAAUCCAGCAGAUCAGAAUCCUCCUUGUAACACCCUCUAUGUCGGCAAUUUGCCUCCCAACACGAACGAAGAUGAACUACGCCAACUGUUUUCUCAAUGUCGUGGAUACAAAAGAAUGUGCUUCCGGAACAAACCUCAAGGUCCUAUGUGUUUUGUGGAAUUUGAAGAUGUGGUUCUUGCUACUAAUGCUUUGAAUGAAUAUCAAGGUCAUUGUUUGACUACGUCGGCCAAAGGUGGUAUUCGUCUCUCUUUUAGUAAAAAUCCUCUCUUCAUUAAAGGUCCUGGUGGUACUCCUAUGAAUCAAAACAACAGCGGGGAUAGCAAUAAUAAAGGUGGCAACAACAAAAAUAGCAUCAACAACGGAAAGAUAGGCGUCUCUUCUACUGAUCAACAACUUUGA